AUGAAGAGAAGUAGAGAGGAUGAGCCCACUCAUCCUCCUACUAAUCCAUCUCUUGCACACGGCAUCAUUCCAUUCUGGGAUGAGUACUCACAACAAGUAUCGGAUAAACUUUGGGCAUGUUCAAGAGAUUCCUUUCAUGAGUUUAAUCAGUACAACAACAAGGGAUGCACAGACGGAUGGUUCAACUUUUCUCAAUUCACUGUGAUUGAAUCCAAGCCAGUGUUUGAUGUUCCACUCAAUGUCCAUCACUCUAUAACAGAGAAUGUGGCUUUUGAUAACUCUAAAAAGCCACCUCAGCUCAAGAAAGCAAAAAAGAAUCAAAAGGUGGCCCAAAAAUUUCAAGCAGACAAAUCCUUGAAAAUCCGACUCUACCCCAAUGAACAAGAAAGGACAACAUUGAAUCAGUGGAUGGGAACUGCUCGUUGGAUCUAUAACAAGUGUUUAGAAUUCACUAACAAAUCCAAAGGUGUCAAGAAAAAUAAGAAGAAUUUCAGAACGUUUGUGGUGAACAACGAUAAUUAUCAGACAGAAAAUCAGUGGGUUGUGAAUACUCCUUAUGACGUAAGAGAUGCUGCCGCUAUUGAAUUGUUGACUGCGUUCAACACUAAUUUUGAAAAGAAGAAGGCUGGAACGAUUGACAAGUUCAUGAUCCGUUUUAGGCGAAAGAAAGACAGAAAAGAUCAUUUCGUUCUACAUUGCAAGCACUGGAAGAAAAAGAGUGGACUGUAUUCUUUUAUAAGGAACAUCAAGAGUUCCGAACCUUUGCCUGAGGAGCUUCAGUACGAUUCCAUCAUUAUUAAGAACAAGUUGAACCAUUAUUAUUUAUGUAUUCCACAAGUACUGGAUAUUAGGGGUGAGAACCAAGCCCCUCAACAUUCAGGACAAGUUGUAGCAUUGGAUCCAGGAGUAAGAACAUUUCAGACCACCUUUGAUUUGAAUGGUUAUUCAACCAAAUGGGGCUCAGGAGGUGCCGAAAGAAUUGGUAGAUUGUGUUGCGCGUAUGACAAGUUACAAUCGAAGUGGUCUCAACCAGAAGUCAGACAUUGCAAAAGAUACAAGUACAAGAGAGCAGGAAGAAGAAUUCAACAAAAGAUUAGAAAUAUUGUGGAUGAUUUACACAAGAAACUGUGUUUGUGGUUGUGUCGAAACUACCAAGUGAUUUUACUUCCUUCGUUUGAGACUCAGAAAAUGGUAAAGAAACUCCACAGGAGAAUUAAUAGCAAGACAGCAAGAAAAAUGUUGACUUGGUCACAUUACAGAUUCAAGCAAAGAUUGCUUCACAAAGCUAGAGAGCAUCCGUGGACACACAUUUAUAUUGUCAACGAAGCGUAUACAUCCAAAACUUGCUCAUGUUGUGGACAUAUUUAUACGGUUGGAUCAUCCGAAGUGUUUCGUUGUCCAUCAUGUGGCUCAAUUUUUGACAGAGAUAUCAAUGCAGCAAGAAAUAUUCUUCUUCGAUUCCUUACUACUCAUAGAAUUAGUUUUUGA